AUGUCUCAGCUGUCUCCGUUGGAGGAAAUGCUGAAGCUGGCGGAGACUGAACCGGACGUCUUCACUACCACUGCAGAUCACUGGCGUCCGCCAGGGGGAAGGGGGAUAUACGGUGGGUCCAUCGUCGCGCAAAGCCUAGUCGCGGCUCAGAAGACCGUACGCGAUGGGUUUCUAUGCCAUUCGAUGCAUUGUCAGUUCUUGAUUGUAGGGAAUGAGACGAUUCCAGCUACCUUCACCGUUCAGAGGACCCGAGAUGGAGGCUCCUUCAUCACCCGAACGGUCCAAGGCACCCAAGAAGGGAAGUGUAUAUUCACUAGCACCUUAUCGUUCAUGCGGGCGGUCCCUUCCGAGAAGCAGCGUGUUCAACAUGUUCCCACCCUGCCACCAUCGAGGGGAUCGCCGCCUGAUGAGUCCAUAACCAGCACUGCUACGGCCGUAGCACCGCAGCUGUUUCCCAUCUCGAUAGAAAAGAGCAAUGGUCAGCCGGAUAACUCCAAGCUUCAGACGUGGAUCCGGACGCCGAGGGAAAUUGCCCAGGCAGAUGACGUCGAGGUCCAGCAGGCAAUCUUGGCCUAUCUAUCAGAUUGGGUCUCUAUUUCGAUCACGCCCUACGUGCUUGGGUUAUUCGACUUUCCUGGAGGUUUCUCGAAGGGUGUCGAAACGUCGUCGUUGGAAGGGAGUUCUGUCGGGAUGCUCUCCUCUCUUGGCCAUACCAUCUACUUCCAUGCGCCCACCCGCAUCAAAGCUGAUGAAUGGAUUUUACUUGUUGGCCAUAGCCCUUGGUCGGGAGACGAGAGAUGUUUAGCUUCCGCAAGGAUGUUCGCGAAAGAUGGUACCUUACUAACGACCUAUGUUCAAGAGGGAGUUAUCAGAUUAAACGGCGAGCUUGAUGGCGCGGCUAUGAAGCUAUAA